GAGUGCAACCUUUCACCUCAUUAUCCAUUACUUAAUAUAUACAAGUCUCUAAUAUGCUUCUUACAACAACAUGAAUUUGACAAUGAUAUGAAACGUGAGUUGGAAAAUGCUGUCCCGGAGUACAUGAGCGAAUUAGAAAAAAGAAUGGAAGACCUAGAAAGGCUUGAUUGUGGCAUAACAAUAACAGGUGACACAAGCAGCGGAAAAACAAGCCUCGUUAAUAAACUUCUUGGACAGAGGGUUACUAAACCAAGACUACGUGCAGCAACUUCAACUAUAUGCAGAUAUCACAAUUCAGAUGAAAUGGCUUUACAGAUUGUGAAUAAAUCUGGAGAAGUUUCUACAAAAGAAAUUUUUACAAAAACUGCAGACCUGCGAUCAAGACUUGAAGCCACCUCCCAUGUAAAAAAGAGAAAUACGACAGAUAUAAAAUAUGUUGAUGUGUUCUUUCCUAUUCCAAUCUUGCAGGGUAAUCUGAUGUUUGUGGAUACACCAGGAAUUGGAGCAACAGAAGAACUUACUUCUAAGUUAAUCGAUUACCUAUCAGAAUCAAUUUCAUUCAUAUUUUUGAUUGAUGUUUCACAUGAUGGAGGCGUUGCGAAAGAUAGGCUUCAAAUUAUUCUCUCGAAAGUGAUUGAGAAAUGCGAUUUAAUGCCUUGCUUUGAACCCUGAAGACGUGCUCUUUGUUACAAACAAAUGGUAUAUUUUCAAAAGAAAGACAAAUGAUUCUGACGAUGAGGAGGAGGAGGAUGAAGAAACAGAGUGUUGGAAUGACCUUGUAGAAAAGUUAAAGGCGGCAUGGCCGACUCUAAAUAUUAAAAACAUCUUUAAGCUUAACCUUGAACAGAUAAGUCCAAAAGAUGAAACGGAAGAAGAAAAAGCCGAAUUCAGCCGUUUUCGAACAACUCUAUCUGAGCUAGUGGAAAGAAAUAAAAGCAAGCGGGUCCGUCGUCAUGUGAGCCUUCUACAGAAGUUUCUAGAGAAUGUUGAUAGAGUAAUUUCAUCAAGACUUCGACAAUCAGAAGAAACUGACGAGAAACACAUUAAAGAUUUAGAAAAUCGACGAAAUGAGCUGAAAAAUUCACUGGAAGAAUGU